AUGUCUGCCACUAACUCUGACACUUGUAUUCAUACCACGGCCGGACCUAUCGAGGCUGAAGUUUCCGGCUCAGGUAUACCAGUUCUCAUCUUACACGGGAGUCCUGGAGGAAUCGAUGCCGCCUGCUCCAUGAGUCGCUUCCUCGACAAGGACACGUUUAAAGUCAUCUGCCUCUCACGCCCCGGCUAUCUCAACACGCCGCUGCCUCCCGUACACCGUUCCAUCGAUGCCGAAGCGGAUCUUCUUGCCGCACUACUUGAUGCGUUGGACAUCCCACGCGCUGGUGUUCUGGCCUGGUCUGGCGGCGGCCCAGCUGCGUACCAGCUCGCCUCUCGAUAUCCGGACCGCGUGGCUUGCCUAGUAAGCAUUGCGGCCCUGAGCUCGGCCUGGAUCGCACCACCAAAGGCACACAUGACAGAACGUAUCCUGUUCGGCACGAAGCUCGGAGACGGGCUUCUCAGAUUCCUGUCCUCAAAGUCGCCCAAGAAUGUGAUUGCGGCAGCGUUAAAGGGGGAGGGCUCGCUUCGCGGCGACGAGCUGGACGCCUUGGUCGAGCAGGUCAUGGCUGAUGCCGCCCAGCGACAGCUCGUACUCGAGAUUGCCCUGACCGUCAACGUGGGCGGCAGGCGGAAGCAAGGCUGGCAGAACGAUGUCGCCAACUUUGCAGCGAUCGAGAGCUUAGGCCUGGAACAGAUUCAAUGCCCCGUUCUGCUCAUCCAUGGAGAUGCCGAUACAGAUGCACCCCCAAGCUGCAGCGAAUCGGCGCAUGCACGCCUACCGCGCAGCGAGCUUGUCAUGAUGCCGAGAGGUACGCACCUCUCAUUCUACGCGCAUCCAGAAGCGAGCCAUGUUCAAGAAAGGACAAGGAAGUUUUUAGAGCACGCAAAAGCUUGA